AUGCCAGGAGACGAUUUAAAGGCGCAUGCCGCCUCGAACCAAGAUUUUUACGCGCUAUUGGACUUGUCCCCGGCGGCCAACGAAUCCGAGAUUCGACGUGCCUACCGUCGCACCGCACUGAAAUACCACCCCGAUAAGAUCGCCAACCCCACCGAUGCCGAUAUUGACAAAUUCCACCUCCUCCAAAUUGCCAACGAUGUCCUCUCAGAUCCUGCGAUCCGGCAGCUCUACGACAAUGCGCGCGAAGCGCGCAUGCGCAAGCAGCGCGAGCGCGACCAGAUGGACGCUGCAAAGCGGAAAAUGCGCGAAGACCUCGAGGCCCGCGAGCGCGCGGGGGCAGUACCCACGCAGCAGGGUGUGAAACGGUCGUGGGGAAUUCCCGGGGGAGACGAGGAUGCCGAGGCCAAGCUUCAGCGGGAAAUCGAGCGAAUCGCCGAGGAUGGACGACGUCGCCGGCGCGAGGCCACGGAUAAACUCAAGCGGGAGCUGGAGGAGGAGCAACGUAAAGUGCAAGCGGAAGAAGAAGAAGCACGCAAGGCUGCAGAUCGAAGCAGUCAGCGUGUGGACAGGUCCCAGAAUGGCGGCACAAAUGUUUCUGAGCUGGAUCGCUCCGUGAAAGUGCGCUGGGUCAGAGAGGGACAAGGUGCGGAUUGGGAUGCGGAGCUACUAAAGUCUCUCUGUGCGCCAUUCGGAGAGAUUGAAGGUGCCUUCGUUUUAAAGGAUAAACGGGCGCGUGUGGAAGGAAAAAAGGGCAAAGUGACCUACGGUCUCGGUGUUGUGGUUUUCAAGUCGAUUGUCGCCACACAAGCCGCGGUGUUGGAUGGCGAGAAAAAAAUCAUGCGGAAAGAAGGAGAAUGGGCGUUGGUGGACUCAAUUGUAUACGCAUCGGGGGCUGCCCCAGAUCUUGGGUUUAGCACCGCCAACGAGCCCGCGGUGUCAACGUCCAAAACGACUGCCGAUACGCCAAAUGCACCCUCUCCGGCCUCAGCUAAACCUGCAUUUAGCUUCGCCGGCCUCAAAUCUGGAGUCCCAUCCUCUGGCAAAGCUCCCUCAUUUGGGUCAUUUCCAUCCGCGGGUGGGAACCCUCCCAAAGUCUCUUCCUUCAAUCCAUCUGCCGCCUCGUCGACCCCUAGUCUACAAGAGAUCACCAUGAUGCGUCUCAAGAAUGCACAGCGGGAGAAGGAGCGCAAGGCGCUCGAGGAGCAGCUUGUCCGGGAGGAUGAGGCCGCCGACGCAGCAGAAGCCGCAGCAGUGAAAGCAAAGCCCGCUGGUGUUUAA